GUCCUUCUCUUUCUUCUUAGAUUUCCCUUCCUCCUCACACAGACUCCUAGCCUCUUCCCCAAACCAUUCGGCAGCCAUCAUUUUUUCUUUUCUCUUCCUCCAGUCAUAACCGUCGCGUCUCACGACUUCCAAACCCUUCGAUCAGCCCUCGAUUCCUCCAUUCUCGUCCCUUAUUCCAUCUCGCAUCCAGUCACCCGAAGCAUUUUCACGGACAAAUGAGAUCCAUGUCGGUGAGUAACCACCGAAAUUGGAAAGGGGAGAGCUGGAUCUGUUGAUUGGUGACGGAGGUGAUGUGCGCACGAAGCUCUGGCGACUCGGCGAGAUUUCGAUCUCCUUGCGGCUGGACUAGAUUUGCAGAUCUGUACUACUACGAAACACGAAUGGGUUGACCAAAGGAUGGCGUCGACGUAGAUUGAAGGCCCAAAUGCAUUUUGCAGAUUUUUGUAAAAGGGUAAAGAUCAGAAAAAUAGAGGGUUUUAGGUUAGAAAAAGGGGGGUUUUUCUUUUGGUUGAGUCUGGUGUUGAUGGUGGAGAAAAGGAAGAAUUUUUCUACUGGAAGGGGGUCUUUUAUUUGAGUUGGGUACUAAGAACAGCGACAGAAAGGAGAGGAGUUCUGCUAGAGGGAGCCAGUGAUUUGGGAGAAGAUUUGGGUCUACCUUUGUAGGUAAUUUUCUGAAUAAAGGAGUUUUCUAGGAACGGUGGUGAAAGGGACGAUGGGACCCUGGUCUCGUGGGUGGGAUCCCUCCCACCAGAUUUGGAUCUACUUUUCCUAAAAAAAACUCUGCCCUAAUUUCUUUUUUGGUAUUUUGCAUUUAAUGUUCAAGAUUGUAUGUGUUUCUUGAGAAAUGAAUGAACGAUCAUAGAUUUG